ACCUUUGCUUACGAUCCGCCAAAGCGGAUCGCAAGCAACGAACAUCGUGAAACGGAGGAGAAACGACAGAAAUGGAGGAAAUUAACGAGAAUAAAGAGUGAAAAUGGAUCGAUCGUUGUUUCACGAGGGCGCGCGGGACGUAAGGCAGAAGAACAACAAUGCUGCGCGAUUUUCGGCCUAUUACACUCAGAAGUCGGAUUGAUUGUAAGAAAAGGAGUGAAGAUUGCCGCAAAGUCGAAAGAAUCAUUACAAUGUGGACUACGCAUGGCGCAGUCUUCGGUAUCGGCACUUAAUUUCGUGGCAGAGCUCAGUUCGGGUGGGAAAGGGGAAUUCACAAUACCCAAUUAG